AUGGUGUCCAUUCUCUAUCCUUUCUGGCUCGUUCCAGCUGGGGUCUUUCGGUGGGUCUUUGGAGUCGACAUCACUCGCCUCGAUCUGGUGCAACUGCGCUAUGUGCUCGAUCUCAUCAGAAUUCUGUACCAAUUUCUGAGUGUUGCGAUUUUAUUCGGCUUGUUUGUGGGCACAGUCAACGGCCUGGCACUGUGUCUGGUGCGCUAUCUUUUGACCUUUAAACAGCCUGCUAUCAGGCUCUUCGGCUCGUCAAAACUGCAGAUUAAGCAAGAGGACGAAGAAAUCAAGCCGUUUAUAAAGUCUGAGUGGGGCCUGGAACCAAUCAAAACCGAAGAGAUCAGCCCGUUGUCCGACCCAACCUCGUCUGCGCAGGUCUUUGAUCAUUCCCAACAUCAGAUACGAGAACGCCAUCUUUCUGCAUACUACGACGACGACGACGGAUACGGCACGGUCAGACGCGAAUUGUCGCCGAAACCCCCACACCAAUCGAGAAUAUCAUCGCGAUUUUCAUCGCUUCGCAGUGACUCCUUAUUCAACACAUCGCAUCACCAGUCAGAGUCGGAAACCGAUACUACAAUUGACGCUGACCGGUCAGAACUAAACAUAAUCAAAGAAGAGGAUGUAUCAUAA